AUGGCUCCUCUUCGCUGGUUGUCAUUGGCGCUCUGCGGAUGCAUCGCAGCUUUUGGCGCUUCCGACAAUUCCAGCUGCCUGAGGGCUCAGACAGAAUCCGCAGGAUCAGAAGGGGAAUGUGAGCCCCAAUCUCUUCUGCAGGCUCGGACGCACGACGCGCAUCGGAGGCAACUUCUUUCCGGAAGUCGUAGGCGUUCCGGAGGUCAGUGCAAAGUCGGUGCUUCGGUGUCCUGCCCAGCCGGUGGUACUUUGUGUGCAGGUAACCAAUGCUGCCCUGAUGGUACCAUCUGCCCUUCCGCAAACGACAGCUUCACCGGAUGCCCCAUCCCCAAGAAGUCGCAAGACUGUACUAAACCCGGCGGUGGCGACGUGACGCCUGCACCCACGCCCGCCCCAGCACCGCCCAGCAAUUCGGCUGUCACCCUUGAUUGCUCAGGAGACGGAUUCAUCGAAUGCUGGACGUUCUUCACAGCACCAGACCCGACCCACGGCGAUGUCAUUUACGUGGCUGAAAGUGCCGCCAUCGACUUGGGCUUGUAUUCCGUGAAAGAUGGUGUUGUGUACCUGAAGAGCAUCGUGGGUCAGAACGCGCCGGCCAAGAGUAUCAGACUCCAAUCUCGAUCUGUCUACCAG